AUUGCAUCAGUUCCAGAGUAAAGUUUUUCCAUCUGAUGCAUUUGUAAAUCAGUUAAUUAGGAUUUAUUAACAGAACAUUUAAAAUAAGCGAAAGAAUGGCUCGGCCUAACAUACCCAGAUCUAAACAAAUAUACGUUCCUAACUAUGGUUCUGGAGCAGCGGUAAAUCUAAUUCUGCCGAAAUCAUAUUCUGAAUACUUGACGGAAGAUCAAAAGGACGAUCUUGUUAAAUUAUACAACAGUGAAUCGGGAGGGGUCACAACAACUGAUUAUAUUCACCAGUACUAUCUAGACGGAGACGGAGGCAUAAACCUCGAUCGUUGGCUUAUCGAAAAACACGAAGUUAACAUCGUUAUGGCGAGGGAGGUUUCCAAAAAUAUUAAAAGCUAUCCGACGAUAUAUGCAAUGCAAAGUUUCACCACCCGCAGAGGCAGAACCUAUAGUACAGACAGGAUUCGAUUGAUUGUCGCAACCAUUUUACAUGGACGUUUCUCGGUUUGA